CAGCUCUAAGCUGAAAUGGCAUCCAGGCCACCAAGCAAACGGCGGCGUGUACAGGUACAUGCCAAUACAGAGCCAACAACCACAGGGGCCACCACCAGUCAGACUCCACCAUUGGUGCCACCGGUACCACCCACAACUGAUUUGAUUGCCAUUAUGCAGUCAUGUAUCACAGCGGCCAUCCCAACAAUAACAAAAACAGUGCUGGAGACGCUGAGUAGCAGUGAAGGGCAAGGAGGCACCGCUACUCAUCAUGAUCAGGGACCAGCUGGUACCUCUGAGGAUUCAGGCCCUCAAACUGUGGACCCCAGACCCCCACUUCAGACUCCUCCAACAGGACCAGCUACACCAGGGGCAGAUGCCUGUCUGUCCCAGUUAACAGCCUCGACCUCGAGCUCCAGCACCAAUGGAGCAAUUUUUCAGACAGUUUCCGCACAUGGACAACGAAGUAACGCCAAUCCCACCUCAUCUAUUGACUCUCUAAACCAAACAGCGGGUUUGUUGCUACCCAGUGCAUUGUCACAGUCUUCUGCUGCUUCCUAUCAGAACGCAUUUCAGCUGUAUGCUAGGUUUCUCCACCAACAUGUGGAUUCAAAGCUUAAAGCUUUACCGCCAAAUGUACAACACUUGUCAUUGUUCAUUGCCCAUUGUUAUCAAACAGGGUUAGCUGCAGCUACAGUCACUACAUAUGUGUCUGCUUUAGGUUACAUCUUCAAAAUGGGUAACUUUGAGGGUAUCACUCAACAUUUCAUCAUUAGGAAAACAUUACAGGGGUUCCAAAAAUUAAAACACACCCAAGAUUCCCGCCUUCCUAUUACUCCUUCAGUACUCUAUAAGUUGGUUGAUUCUCUGAGGGACUCGGUUCCCUCGUAUUUCCUCCGAGUAACGCUCAAGGGUAUGUUCCUUUUAGCUUUCCAUGCCUUUCUGAGAGUAGGUGAAAUGACCUCAACAGGCACAAAAAUCAACAUUUUUUACUACGGAAGCAUGUGUUAGUAAAAGGGGAAUCAGAGUCUCCACAGGCAGUUGAAAUCGUUUUUGCUCAUUUCAAACAUAAUGUGCAGCCAUCUAGCACCCACUCUAUUUCAGCAAAUACAGCAAAUUCCCAAUACUGUCCUGUGUUGGCUCUCCAACAGUAUCUGACUACUAGGAAACAUGAUUGCAUAGAUCAGCCCUUAUUUUCAUUUAUGAAUGGGUCACCAAUUUCACGUAGUUUCUUCACAAAGCAGCUUAAGUCAUCUCUGAAGUGGGCAGUCCUUCAUGAGCACAUUUAUAAAUCCCAUAGCUUCCGGAUUGGUGCUGCAACCACAGCAGCUACCCAAGGUAUAGGUGAAGGUCAAAUACAGAUAAUGGGUAGAUGGAAGUCUGGGGCGUUCAAGAAGUAUAUAAGGGUCCCAAUGAUUCAGUUAUAGGUCUUUAACAUGAACACGGUUGCCCUCAUUUUCACAGUAACAUACAUGAAGAUAUUUAUACUGACAGCCAUGGAGUUAGUGGCUUCUGGCUGAGGGUUUAUGUGUGCAAUUAGUUUUAUUAAUUGUGAUAAUUGUAUUUAUUUUGGUGACAG